CUGGCACUGUCUAGGUGAUGGGCCUCAGCUCCCGGAGCCCCAGAGAGCGCAUUCGGGCCCCUCACUCCCCCACCUUCUUGAAGCCAUGAGGCAAGAAUGUUCUCCUUAUGUGACUAGGCAAAAGUUCCAAGUGGGGAGGGGACUGUCUCAGCAUCCGGAGCCAAAACAGGAAUAGAACUGGGAGCUGAGCCUGGAGUGGUUCUGGGCUUUUGCUUCUCGGCACCAACACAGCCAGUAUGCCUAUGAUUUCUGUGCUGGGCAAAAUGUUUGUGUGGCAGCGUGAUGGGCCUGGAGGACGAUGGACUUGUCAGACAAAUCGCAGAGCAGCCUUGGACCCCGCGUGGGCUGUGGAGUGGAUCGAACUUCCUAGAGGCCUCUCUCUAACCUCCUUGGGAUCUGCUCGGACCCUUCGAGGCUGGAGCCGGUCCUCCCGUCCUUCCUCCUCCUCCGUGGACAGCCAGGACUUGUCAGAGGUGAAUGUUGGAGACACAGUCGCGAUGCUGCCCAAGCCCCGGAGAGCCCUAACUAUCCAGGAGAUCGCUGCGCUGGCCAGAUCCUCCCUGCACGGCAUUUCUCAGGUGGUGAAGGACCACGUGACCAAGCCCACCGCCAUGGCCCAGGGCCGAGUGGCUCACCUCAUUGAGUGGAAGGGCUGGAGCAAGCCCAGUGACUCCCCCGCUGCCCUGGAAUCAGCUUUUUCCUCCUACUCGGACCUCACUGAGGGCGAGCAAGAGGCACGCUUUGCAGCAGGAGUGGCUGAGCAGUUUGCCAUCGCAGAAGCCAAGCUCCGGGCCUGGUCUUCGGUGGACGGAGAGGACUCCACAGAUGAAUCCUAUGAUGAGGACUUCCCUGGGGGCACGGACACAGACAUAUCUGGGCAGCUGCCCCUGGGACCCCACCUCCAGGACCUCUUCUGUGGCCGGCGCUUCUCUCGGCCCAUGCGCCAGGGCUCGGUGGAGCCUGAGAGCGACUGCUCACAGACCGUUUCCCCAGACACCCUGUGCUCCAGUCUUUGCAGCCUGGAGGAUGGGUUGCUGGGCUCCCCUGCCCGGCUGGCCUCCCAGCUGCUGGGCGAGGAGCUGCUCCUUGCCAAACUGCCCUCUAGCCGGGAAAGUGCCUUCGGCAGCCUGGGCCCACUGGAGGCCCAGGACUCGCUCUACGACUCGCCGCUCACGGAGCCCUGCCUUUCCCCUGCCGAGGAGGAGCCGCCGGCGCCCUACGCAGACUGCCAGCCGCUCUGCCCGAUGCCAGUGGGCAGCUGGGAACAGCAGCGGCAAGCCUCUGACGUGGCCUCUUCUGGGGUGGUGUCUUUAGAAGAGGAGGCAGAGCCUGAGGAACAGUGACCCAGAUCCUGCCUGGUGGUGGCAUGCGUCCCCUGGCUGCUGCUGGGGACAGAGCCUCCAUGCCCAAGUGCGGGCACAGGCUCCCAGCAGAGCUCUGCAGCCCAAGGGCUGCUGGGAGCACUCAGUCCUCCGUUGUGUGUUUUGCAUGAAAGUGUUUGGAGAGGAGGCAGGGCCCAGGCUGGGGGGUGCAUGUCCUGCCCCGACUCCGGGGGCUUGCCGGGGGUUGCCCGGGGCCCCUGGGGCAUGGCUACAGCUGUGGCAGACAGUGAUGUUCAUGUUUUCAAAUCAAAACCUCCACACGCACAUUUCCUCCUUGGAUGACGUGAACUCCUGCGGGGAUUUUUGUGACUGGGUUGUGUGGCCCACUGGAGUGGGGGAGCCUCCCCCCCCCCUCCCCACGCCUCUUCUCUGCUCUGACCUUCCCUCCAAGUCCCUGUGCUGUGCUUGGUUAGAAUCAUCCUCACCCCGGGGUGGGGGCUGGCUCCUGUGCCCUCCCAGAGCCUGCGGACUGAGCUCGUCCCCACCCCUGCUCAGCUGGGUUUGUGCAGUGCUUCACCUCUCCACAGGCUCUAAAUCGCCUUUCUUCCUGAGGCGGCAGGGCCUCUCUGGGAGGCGUUGGAACGGUUCAAGCAAGUAGCCUUUUCCCGGGCCCUGUCUGGCCCUGCUGGAGGGUCAGAGGACGUGUGGGCGGGAUCCUGGCAGGCGCGCCCAUUCCCCUGGAGCCCUCUUUGUGGGUGCAGUCAGAAGCCGGGUUGGGGUGGCCCUGGUUGCUGCUACGCAACGAUUACAGGACUGUCCUCCCAGCAAAGGCCACAAGGGGGCUCCGGGCGCUGCCGCUGGCUGCCCCAGGUAGGAUUUGUGCCAAUGUGGGAACCAUGAGGGAAUGGCCCUCCUUGGGGAGGGAGGGGGCUGUGGGAGCCCCUGCCCCAGCCGUGCUGGGGAUUUUUCUGGCUGUGGGUAGAGCCUUGUGAGCGCUGGCACGUGAGAGGGCCCAGGAUCAGAGGGGGAGGGCCGGCGAGCGGCAUAGGCACUCUCUAUGUAAGUGGCUCAUUAGGUGUUUAUUUUGUUCUAUUUAAGAAUUUGUUUUAUUAAAUUAAUAUAAAAAUCUUUAUAAAUCUCUAUAUACAUAUGGUCA